ACAAAACAUGGAAUGAGCGGAAACCGCUGCAGAAAACCAACCGCCUUUCCUCGCGUGCUGUAUCUGGAGCAGGUUUCAGUGUCUGUCGGCCUGAGAAACGGACCGCGGACGAACACAAACGAGCAGGACGAGGAGCAGGUGCACAGAGGGACGACAAGAUGCCUCACAACUUCCGGCCCGGGGAUCUUGUCUUUGCUAAAAUGAAGGGCUACCCCCACUGGCCGGCCCGGAUUGAAGAUGUUGCAGAAGGGGCUGUCAAACCUCCUCCUAAUAAAGUCCCAAUUUUUUUCUUUGGGACUCAUGAAACAGCCUUCCUUGCACCCAAGGACCUUUUUGCGUAUGAAAAGUACCAAGACCAGUAUGGGAAGCCCAACAAGAGGAAAGGGUUCAAUGAAGGCUUGUGGGAAAUCCAGAACAACCCUCACGCCUCCUAUAGCACACCUGCACCUGCGUCGUCAUCGGAGAGCGAGGACGACCCGCCUGCGCCGGGAAGUGAUGCGGAAGAUGACGAGGAAGCAGUGGUGCCGAGGAAAGCUGAAACAGGAAGUGAUGAUUCUGACUCUGGAAGUGAGGAUCAAAGGAAGACGGCAGUGAAGCGGAAAGCUCCUGCUGCAAAGCGGCCGCCAGUGAAGAGAACACGGGCAUCAUCUAGUGAUCGAGAUGGAGAGGAGAGUGGAUCUCCCUCAGAACCUGAACCAUCACCCAGCUCGGACUCGGACUCCGGCAAAAACAGCGAUCAGGACUUCACACCUCAGGAGUCGGGCGGUCGAGGCGGCAAAAAGCCAGCAAGCAGAGGCAGGAAGAAGAAGGCAUCAUCUGGCUCUGAUUCAGAAUGGGGCUCCCGGUCAGAUCAGAGGGCAGUCAGGAGCGAUUCAGAAGACGAGAAGCCCCGCCCGGCCGUCUCUGGAUCCGAAUCGCAGUCUGGAUCCAAAUCCGACUCCGAUUCAGAGCCACCUCCUCCUCCUGCAAGGAAAGGCACACAAGGGCGUAAGAAAGCGGAGAAACCUCCACCAAAGCCACGAGGAAGGAAAUCCAAACCAGCUCCAGAGAGGGCUCCUUCUUCUUCAUCAGACAGCGACAGUGACAGUGAGACAGACCGUGUCAGCGAGUGGAAGAAGAGAGACGAGGAACGGCGGAAGGAACUGGAGGAGCGAAGGAAGAAAGAGGAGGCUGAAGAGCUCCGUCGGCUCCGGGAGCGAGAGAAAGAGGAGGAAGAGCAAAGAAAAAAGGAGAAGGAGAACAAGGCCAAGAAAGGAAGCAGCAGUGGCAGCAGCAGCUCGGACGAUGAAGUGGAUGAUCACCCUCUCAAAAAAUCCAAGAAGCCUCCGCCUCCCCCCAUCCCCGCACCUUCAGACUCCGACUCGCCAGCACCUGCAGAGGGGAAGAAAUCCGCCAAACGUCGAGACAGCCAGAAAGGGCGGCAGAAGAAGGAGAAGGAGGUGAAAGAGAAAAAAGAGAGGAAGAUCAAAGAAAAGAAGCAUCAGAGAUCAGAGGAGAAAGACAAAACCAGGCCUAAGGCCGAGAAGCCGAAACGGAAGCCAACGCGUCUAUCCGAGAAGAAAGUCGAGAAGAAAAAAGAACCCUCUCCAGAAGAGAAACUCCAGAAGCUCCACACAGAAAUCAAGUUUGCCCUGAAAGUUGACAACCCAGACAUUGAGAAGUGUCUGCAGGCCCUGGACGACAUCAGCUCAGUACAAGUAACCACUCAAAUCUUGCAGAAGAAUGCAGAUGUUAUAGCUACACUCAAAAAGAUUCGGCGAUACAAAGCUAGCAGUGCUGUUAUGGAGAAGGCCACUGCGGUCUACAAUAAACUAAAGCUCCAGUUCAUUGGCAAGAUUGAGACCACUAAACCAAAACCAGAUGAAAAGAACCAAGAAGCCAACGAACAAGACGCGCAAAACACAGACGACUCCAAACCAGUGAACGGUGAAUCAGAAAAUGAGAAAAAAGACGUUUCUGAAUCGGAAAACAACCCCCAACCCACAGACCAAGAGAAACGCGAUGAGCACCAAUCCCCGAACGGCAUCAGGCCCAAUCCAGAUGAGCCAGCAGAUCAGCAGACGCUCCCAGCUGACUCCCCAGCGGCCGAUCCGGCAGAAGACACAGAUGUAAAAGAGGACAGCAGAGCGCAGGACGAGCAGAUGUCUUCUGAGAGCUGAACGCUUCACAGACACACUUUAACUUCCUCCGUUCAUUCGUGUUACUUGUGUCUGCCCACCUUUGUGACUUACAUGAGUUUUUCGUGUUGUACAUAAAACGUGAUAUGAACAUCGUUAGCACUUUUGAACCGGGACGUCAUGAGGCGAAACAAGCGCCUUCAUCUAAAUG